UGUGUGUAAUGUGGUUUUCAUUGAACCACUGUAUUGUUAUGAUCUAUUUCAUGGAUGAAAUCCAGAUGGAAAUUCAAUGUUUAUAUCCCUUCAUUGGUGGAUUCUCUCAGUUCCCCCGUCAAUCUGAAGAACCCACCAUUACCAACUUCUCAAAACCCAUUCCCUGCACCAACCUCAGCUUCUCUUCUCUCCCUUUGCGGCAGAGAUGGAAACCUUCGCCUUGGUUCUUCCAUCCAUGCCCAUCUCAUCAAACGAUCUCAAUCAUUCGAUUUUGAUAGGUUCCCACGUAAUGCCCUUUUUGUUUGGAACUCUCUCUUGUCGGUGUACUCGAAAUGUGGUGAACUGCAGGAUGCCCUUAAGGUGUUUGAUCGAAUGCCCGUGAGAGAUACAGUGUCAUGGAACACUAUGAUUUCUGGGUUUUUAAGAAACAGGGAUUUUGAUUCGGGUUUAAUGUUCUUUAAGAAACAAAGGAGUGAGUCAGGGACAGGGUGUUGUGGAUUUGAUAAAGCAACUCUGACUACAGUGCUGUCAGCUUGUGAUGGAGCUGAAUUCUCUAGUUUAACCAAAAUGAUACAUGGUUUGGUGUUUCUUGGUGGCUUUGAGAAGGAAAUUAUGGUGGGAAAUGCUCUCAUAACUUCAUACUUUAAGUGUGGGUGUUUUAGUGAAUGGAGGCAGGUUUUUGAUGAGAUGCUUGAGAGGAAUGUUGUGACUUGGACAGCAGUGAUUUCUGGCCUUGCGCAAAAUGAAUUUUAUGAGGAUAGUUUGAAUUUGUUUGCUCAAAUGCGUUGCGGGGCAGUGAGUCCUAAUAUUUUGACCUAUUUGAGCUCACUUAUGGCUUGUUCAGGUUUACAGGCACUGAGGGAAGGUUGUAAAAUUCAUGGCCUGCUUUGGAAGUUAGGAAUGCAGUCGGAUUUAUGCAUUGAAAGUGCUUUGAUGGAUUUUUAUUCAAAGUGCGGAAGUUUAGAAGAAGCAUGGAAGAUUUUUGAGUCUGCGGAGGAGCUAGAUGAAAUUUCCUUAACUGUAAUCCUUGUAGCCUUUGCUCAAAAUGGAUUUGAGGAGGAGGCUAUCCAGAUAUUCAUGAGAAUGUUGAAAUUGGGUAUUGAAGUGGAUCCCAACAUGGUUUCUGCUAUUCUUGGCGUAUUUGGUAUUGACACGUCUUUGUCUCUUGGUAAGCAGAUUCACUCUUUGGUUAUUAAGAAGAACUUCAUUCAGAAUCCUUUUGUAAGUAAUGGCCUUGUAAACAUGUAUUCCAAGUGCGGUGAUUUGAAUGACUCACUCCAAGUCUUUCAUCGAAUGAGUCAAAAGAACUCGGUUUCAUGGAACUCUAUUAUUGCGGCUUUUGCUCGCCAUGGAGAUGGUUUUAGAGCACUUGAAUUUUAUGAAGAGAUGAGAAUGGAGGGUGUAGCACCAACAGAUGUUACAUUUUUGUCACUACUACACGCAUGCAGCCAUGCAGGCUUUGUCGACAAGGGCAUGGAGUUCUUAGAAUCCAUGACUAGAGAUCACGGCAUAAGUCCUCGCUCGGAACAUUACGCCUGUGUUGUUGACAUGUUGGGCAGGGCAGGACUUCUUGAGGAAGCUAAAAAGUUCAUUGAGGGAUUCCCUGAGAAUCCGGGUGUACUGAUUUGGCAAGCAUUGCUUGGUGCUUGUAGCAUCCAUGGUGAUUCUGAGAUGGGUAAAUAUGCCGCGGAUCAAUUAUUUUUAGCUACACCAGAGAGGCCAGCUCCUUAUGUUUUGAUGGCAAACAUAUACUCCAUUGAAGGGAAAUGGAAAGAAAGAGCAGGUGCCAUUAAGAGAAUGAAAGAGAUGGGAGUAGCAAAGGAAGUAGGCAUAAGUUGCAUUGAGAUUGAUAAGAAAGUUAACAGUUUCGUUGUUGGGGACAAGUUGCAUCCAAAAGCUGACAUUAUAUACUGGGUUUUGUGUGGGUUAUUGGAACACCUGAAAGAUGAAGGUUAUGUACCUGAUAAAAAGUGUAUUCUCUAUUACUUGGGCCAAGAAAAUAAGGAUUAUUAUAUAAAUAUUGGACUUCUAAAUAUAAGUGAGAAAACAAAUUUGAGAAUAAUGGGUUCGUGGUUGUUGAGUGGCUUAACACUAACAGCAACCCCAACCUCAAUUACCAUUUUACCCUUGCGGAAACACAUUCCGAAGAAGCAAGCAAGAAGAGUUAGUUACAGUUGCAGUUGCAGAAGCAGAGAAGAUGUUCCUCUUUCCACUGCUUCAGCUUAUGCAGUUCUUGGACUUCAACCUGAUUGCUCCACCACCGAGAUCAAAGCUGCUUUUCGAUCCAAAGUUAAGCAGUUCCAUCCAGAUGUUAACAAAGACGGUGAUUCCAUGAUUCGCCGUGUAAUUGAGGCGUACCAGAUACUUUCCAACUGCACCCGAUCAGAAAUUAUUGAAAGGGAAUGCUUAGAUCCAUUUGAUGCACCAGAGUGUGAAGCUUUUGAUAUUUUUGUUAAUGAGCUUCUCUGUGUUGGCAAAGCAUGUUCAAGUUCAUGUGUGCAAAGAGCACCUCAUGCAUUUUCGUUUGUCUCUUCAACUGGAACAGCGCGUGCAUCUUCUCAAGGUCAUGGUGAUGAUUAUCAAGUUCAAUGUGCUGUCGGACAAUGCCCUAGAAAUUGCAUUCAUUACGUUACCCCAUCACAAAGAAUCCUCUUGGAGGAGCUACUUGACAGUAUACUAGAAGCACCCUAUGAUAUAUCGGCUGAGGCAGACUUACUUUACUCACUUAUCACUAAAGCUAAGUUUGAGAAUAACCGAUUUCAAAAACCUAAGAAGCAACCCAAAACCUCAAGCCAGCAUGUUGAGUGGUUUUAAAUUUCAGCAGCAACUCUGUCUAGGGUGUGAUUAUGAGUUGAGCUCUUGAAGGGAAAGGGAACGAGAAAGAAGAGAGACUUCAAAGAGUAGAACUCAUUCCGCUUCUUCCUUUCAAGAUUCCAACUUGCAAAUGCAUUUUCAUUCCCCUAAGCUGAGUCUAUGACAGUGGAUUUGGUUAUAGUUCAUUAGUUCUGAUUAUUUCUA